GUCAAUUGUUCUGUGUUCGCUUCCGCCAUUAAAUCAUACCCGACACAAGUAAGAAGAUUAUUAAAACGGUUCAUUACAUUGUGUCUUCGGCAUAAACGUCUAAAGAAUAUAUAUUAGUGAGAUCUAAAAGAAAUAUCUUAUGAUUUUCACUUAAUGUCGUCGUCAAUUUGUUUACUCAAAUAAUCUCCUCAGACAAUAACAGAGAUGGGAAAGGUGCUCUCGAGGAUCUUUGGUAAUAAAGAGAUGAGGAUCUUGAUGUUGGGGUUGGAUUCUGCUGGAAAAACUACUAUUCUUUAUAGGCUGAAACUUGGGCAGAAUGUUACUACUAUACCUACCGUUGGCUUCAAUGUGGAAACUGUAACGUUUAAGAAUGUAAAAUUUAAUGUCUGGGAUGUUGGAGGACAGGAAAAGAUACGACCACUUUGGCGACACUACUAUACUGGGACGCAGGGCCUAAUAUUUGUAAUAGAUUGUGCAGAUAGGGAAAGGAUGGACGAAGCAAAACAGGAGCUACAUAGAAUCAUAAGUGAUAGGGAAAUGAAAGACGUCGUUAUUUUAAUUUUUGCUAAUAAGCAAGACACUCCAAACGCAAUGCUACCGCAAGAAGUAACAGAAAAAAUUGGUCUUUCGCAAUUAAGAAAUCGAAAUUGGUACGUACAGCCAUCUUGUGCAAAGAGUGGCGACGGCCUGCAAGAAGGUUUGACAUGGUUAACGUCGAACGCAAAAACUUGACUCUUGCUCAAUGAUAGAUUUAUUAAAAUUUUACGGUUCUUUUGUUUUGUUUUUUUUCUACCGCCGUCAUCUACUGUUGCGAAAUUGCGAUUAUUUUUUUUUAUUUUUUUAACCAGGAAUUUUUUUUUCAGACAUUUUAGACUAAUGUAUGCCAUAGCAUGUUGAUCUUGUGAUAAGUUCUGUAGUUGGAAAUAAUUUAGAAAGCUAUGCAGAUUAACCUAGAGCACAAUAUUUUUUUUUUGCCUCCUUGUAAACAUGUAGAGGGCGCGGUACGAAAUAAUUAAAAGAAAAAAGGGGAAAAUUUUUUGAAAAAAAAAAAAAAAAAUUAGAGGCGCCUAUAAAAUUUCGCCACUGCAUAAUACUAGUCAAGGUAUAACGAAAAAAAACCUGUAAUUUGUAUCGCGUUUUCCAAGUUAAUACAUAUGAAUAUUUGUAACAGUUUCUUUCUGCUUCAGUAUUUGAAUGUGUUAAAGGAUAUUGUUAAAGUACGUAAUUCGUAAAAACAUAUGUAACGCAAUUCCUCAUCAAUCUUUCAAUUUACGGAUAAAACUACAAAACAGUGAAAAAAAAAGUUAUGAGCAUUUUGACAAAAACAUCCCAAAAGUAGUUCUCUUGUAAAUGAAAGAUUUGGAUGCCAUUAUAUUUGACUGCAAUGACGAUUUUAUGCCUCUAGUUUACCGAACAAGUGAAUGUUUCAUUGUAAUUGAAAUACAAAAUUCAAAGUUACAUUAAUCUGAACUGGCGAAUUGUUUAAAGAGUUUCAAAAGUUUCCUUUGAAAUAGGCUGAUCAAUCGGAGAGAUUCAAUUGACCAGAUCUCCCCUUUAGUAAAGGAAUAGCGAUUUUAAUAUAUGACAACCUUGUCAUUAUGUCUCAAAUUUUUUUUUUAUUCUACAUCUCAAUCGAUGUCUGACUACAACUAGAGCACAGGGAACAAGAGAGAGAGAGAGAAAAAUACACCAUCUCUCGUCAACAAUUGGUAUGAAUUUUAAAUUAAAAUGAAAGAAUUUAACACUUUCUUUAUUGUUCAAAAUAUUCAAAAUUAUCCAUUUAUAUGGCAUAAAAUAAAAAAAAAAUAUAACAUAAAAAUCAUAAAACGUCAAGCUUUCUUAUCAGUAAAUGUCUGAAAAAGCAACAAAGCUCCCUAUCACCGAUACUAUUGUACAUAAAUUGUAACUUGUAUAUAUUUUCUUUUAUGUUUUUUUUUGUGUUUUUUUUAACAAAGGAGAAAGCUUAUUAUUCAAUUGAUUGUCUUAGUUUGUUGCUAAAUCUUAAUUAUUACCCUUUUAGAUUUUCUUUUUUUUAUUUGUUCUCAAAAGAGAAAACAUAAAAAUAUGAAAAAGAGAAGAAGAGAAAUUAGAAGAAUUUUGUAUAAAGUAUAAAAUUAUUGGCAGAAUUCUACAGCUAUGCAAGUGUGUUGUGUUAUUAUAAAGAUAGAAAAUAGCAAUGUAGGUUAAUACUGUGAUGAAAAAAAUAUCCAAUAGAAUAACUAAUUUAUCAGGAAGAAAUAUUCCUCUGUUUUCCUUUUACCUCUCCUCUUUUCCCUAAUCGUUAUUUCCCCUCCCCUCUUCCUUCUACUAUCUUUGUUACGCUAGAAGAGGUUGAUUUUCGUCUAUAAUAUCGUAUUGCAAGUUGGGAGUUUGAACGGUAAUGUCCACACCAAUUGAAACUUUACUGAAUUCUUUUACAUAAGUAAAAAAGUAUAGUAUAAACGAAAAGGCGUUGAACCAUUCAGAUAUUGUUGAAGCCAAGUGAGAACCAUAACCCUGUUUAGUUGAUUUUGGUUUGUUUUUUCGUUUCAAAUAAGAAAGGAAGAGAGAGAGAGAGAAAAAAAAAAUAAGUAUUUUAGAAUGAUUGUUCAUUUGCUUGUAUUUUAUACAUUAAGUUUCUAACCUUAUCUGUAGAAUUCCAUUUCAGCUUAUCGCCAUUAUGCUCCAUAUUAGCAACUACACCUGUUACAGCAG